AUGUCCCACGAUCCUGCCGCAGAGGAUCCUAUGCGUCUGUUUUUCUCGGAAGAUGUAGACCUGUAUGAAGUGCUCGAUGUCGCACACGACGCUAGUGCCGACUCCAUCCGCAAGGCGUAUCGCAGGCUCGCCCUCACGUACCAUCCUGACAAGGCCGCGCAACACGGCCACGACGCCGAGGCCGUAGCACGCAAGUUUCAGCAAGUGGGGUUUGCCUACAGCAUCUUAGCGGAUGAGAAGCGCAGGAAGCGAUACGAUGCCACAGGCUCGACAAGCGACUCUAUCUGGGAUAGCGACGAGCCCGUCGACUGGAACGAGUACUUCAAAACGCUGUGGACAGGCGAAGUCAAUGCCAAGACGCUGGAUGAGUUCAAGGCUUCGUACCAACACUCGGAGGAAGAAAGAAACGAUAUCUUACAGGCAUACCGCGAUCAUGAGGGCUCGCUCGAAGGCAUCUUUGCUGCCGUACCCUGCUCCAAUAUUCUUGACGACGAAAAGCGAUUCAUUCGCGUGGUCCAUGACGCACUCCGACACCACGAUCUCGAACCAACGCCCGCAUGGUCCGAUCUUUUCUCGGACCGAGGCAAGAAAAAGCGCAAGGCACUCCGCCAAAAGGCUCAUUCUGAGGCCCAUGAAGCCGAAGCGUACGCCAAAGAGCUGGGUGUAUGGGACAAUCUAUUCGGAAAGAAGCGCGAUACACCCACAAAGCCGGAGCCCACUGAGGAAGAGGACGUUGACUUGGAGGGCCUACGGGCAGCCAUGCGAGCUAAAGCGUCCAAGCGCGCCGAUGCCUUCGACGACAUGCUGACCCAACUCGAGGCCAAGCACGCUCCGCCCACCAAGAGCCGCAAAAAGCGUCGUGCCCAGUAA